AUGCCCAAAGAUGAUAGAGUCAGGUUAGCGAACAAUUUCAUUGGGGAUAGCUCAAGCACACUGUCGCCGAUUUAUGACCAGCUUUAUGCCAACAUCCCCAUACCGAUGAUGCGAUUUUCUGAUCAGCAAUUUCCCAAAGGAACCUUGUUGUUCCCUUCACGCGAGGCCAUCCAAGGCUAUCUGCUUACAUACGCUCAGGAGGUGAUGAGCCUAAUCAAGUUUGGUGUUCAGGUAACACAACUGGAACCUCUUUGCGAAGGAACCAGGACCACUUGGGCGUUAGAGGCAAAAUCUGCGCAUGAUAACCAGACCAUAAGAGAUACGUACGACGCUGUAGUUGUUGCAACAGGACACUACUCGGUCCCAUUUUUUCCAGACGUUGAAAACAUCAAGGAAUUCAUGGAAGCAUACCCGUCUGUCAUAUCGCACUCCCGCGACUAUCGUUCGCCCACGUCCUUCAAAGAUAAGAAGACCAUAGUCGUGGGCAAUGGAGCCUCGGGUACCGAUAUCGCCCUCCAAAUCAACCGAGUAUCACAUCGAAAAACAAUGAUCUCCGUGAGGUCACCAACGCCCCAACCACGGCUGGCCUAUAUGGCGUGUGAGGAAGUUCCAGAAAUUGAACGAUUUUUUGUUGAUCAACGAGGAAUUCAAUUCAAGGAUGGGACAAUAGAGACCGAGAUUGAUGCCGUUAUCUUUUGCACAGGAUUCUUAUACGACUAUCCCUUUCUUCGCGAUCUAAACAAGAAGCUUAUCACGACCGGCGGCGGCGUGCAUGGGCUUUACAAGCAUAUAUUCUGCAUUGAUCACCCGACCCUAGUUUUCCCAGCACUCAAUCUCAAAACUGCACCAUGGCCACUUUCCGAGGCACAAGCUGCUGUCUUUUCGGCUGUAUGGUCUAACAAUAUUCAGCUCCCCUCGAAAAACACUAUGCUAGAAUGGGCUAAGAAGCUUGACGAAGACGAAGGCGAGCACCUGCAUAUAUUUCGUACGUCAUCAUCCGAUGGUCUAUACAUCAACAACCUUUACGAUUGGGUGAUGCGGUCAUACCACAAAGGGAAAGAGCCACCAUUUUGGAAUGACGUUUCUUUUUGGCAAAAACAUAUCUUUCCCCAAGCUAAGCUCAAAUUUGAAAAGGAUGGUUAUAAAGCAACUAGUCUAGAAGAGCUCGGAUUCCACUAUGAAGAAGAUUGGAAGACAAGGGUGUGA